GAAGGCUUGACUCUGAUGCUUUAUUCAGGUGACAUCACCAGGUUGUCCGAUGUGGACUGUAUUGUCAAUUCCACUGACCCUGAACUCCGGCAUAGCGGCGGCGCUGCCGCAGCUAUUAAGAAAACUGCAGGACCUGGAUUUCUUAAGUUAUGUGAAGGUCAAAAUCUUGGAGUAGCCCAGUGCAUAUCUACAGGAGCUGGAAAUCUGCCUCACAAGAGAGUUCUCCAUGUAUUCCUCGAGCGAUGGGAAUCUUGGAAUGAUAAACGCUUCAUUAGUCAACUGAAGAGUACCAUCUGGGCAGUUCUGAAUCAAGCGAAUAAAGAUAAGAUGAGAUCCCUUGCAUUAUCGGGCAUUGGAACAGGUGCACUAAAGUUUCCUAUAGAUAAGUGGGUGAAAUGUGUAGUGGAUGUCAUCAAAGACUACGCAAAGAGAUUUAUGAAGGACAAAGCCUUAAAAGAGAUACAUUUUGUGGACAAAAAUCCAGAAUUCCUGCGACGCCUUGAGGAAGGACUGCUGAAAGUUUUUCCUCAAACAUGGAGCCAACCUAAUUCACAGGAGACCACAAGUAGUAAACAGUCGUCGGCGUCAAGUGAAUCACACCAACUAACGACAUUUCAUAUUUCUGGUCCCUGCCAAGUAGUCGUUCAGAAAACCGAUAUUACUACAUUCCAGGGAGAUGCUAUUGUAAUCACGGUGGACAAGAACAUUUCCGGUCCACUUUCUGAUGCUGUAUCUCGUGCUGCUGGACAGGAGUACACGGCAGAGAAAGACAAGAAGCUUAGAGAUAAAGCUGGAGACGUAUUUGUGACCGACGCGGGACAGUUACCUUGUAAAUAUGUGGUCCAUGCAUUGCUUAGCGGAUCAUCCACGAGAAAGGACGACAUUGGUGCACUUGUCACCUGCGUACUGUCUGAAGCCGAGGCAGUGAAGAUUCAGACGAUUGCUUUCCCGGCCAUUUCAACAGGAUUUGUGGGAAUGUCUGUAAACGCUGGAUGCCAGCUGUUGGUGGAUAAUAUCUCUUCCUACAUGAAGAACAACCCGAGCACCUUUCUAAAAAAGAUUUACUUGGUAGAUAUAGAUGAAAAGAAAGUGGAUCAGUUUCGCGUUUUGCUUACGCAGCAGAUAUCAACCCUUAAGAAAGAACAACACGAAUUAACCCCCAACCACGGGUAUUCGACUUUGCAAAAAUCGCCCGACUCGCCCAAGUUAGAGAGCAAAACUAAGGAUGACUCUUCUACGCUCAGCACACAAAGGCCUGUGGAGAAUCGACUGCCUGCAAGGUUUGCCAUUUCAGAUUCAUGUACAGUUGAAGUUGAAAAAGCUGACUUUCGUACAUUUGAAGGAGAUGCACUCGUAGUUACGGUGCGCGAAGAUUUCACAACAGCUAGUGGUCAGGACUUGGCUUUGACGAUGACAGCAGGCGAAAAGUAUUAUGAAGAGCUGAAGCAGAAAAAAUCAGCCAAACCAGGAGAUGUUGUGGUCACAGGAGCUGGCAACAUGGGAUAUGGCCAUGUGAUACAUGGUGUCUGGGACACAAAACACUCGUCAGGUGUUGGAGAGCUGAGGACACUUGUGCCACGUAUCUUAAAUAAGGCUGAUGAAUUAGAGAUGAAAACACUUGUUGUUCCACCUCUCUGGACUGGUCUACUUAACAUUACAACCCAUGACGGAUGCUCCGCUGUGGUAGAGGGAAUUUUUCGUUUUGUGACAAUAUUACCUGAUAUAUCAGUGAAGAUUUACUUGAUGGACACAGACAUGAACACGCUGGACUGUUACUGUAAAGAGCUGAGAAAACGAGUACCUAAUUUAGAGCGUGUCGAUCCCAUUCAAGCAUCUGGCGGAGGUGAUGUAUCCAUGUCCGGGAUGUCCAGAGCUGACGACCAUCAGCCAGCUGUCUGGUCAGAUGCGCUUUGUUUUCUCUGUCAAGACGAGCGUGUAUCUGCCAAAGUGAGAAGGUGUGGCCAUGCAUUGUGUGGCGCAUGCGUGAUUCCUGGACUUGAUGUUCAAUUCUGCUGUAAGGAAUCCAGCAAUCCGAGUGCCCACACCAUUCCUGGCAUUGAGGCCGAGAAGGACGAGGAAGAUUGUGUCAUUUGUCUGUGCCCCAAAACAGACCCCAAGAGCUUGCAGUGCGGCCACAAAUUUUGCAAAGAUUGCAUCGAAGAGUAUUUCUCGAAGUGUGCAAUGCUUUGUCCUGUGUGUAAAGCAGUUUGUGGGAAAGUAACCGGUAACCAACCUUACGGAACGAUGAAGGUGGAGGAGACGUAUAAAUCCUGCGCUGGAUAUCAAGGUUACAAGUCUCUAAUCAUUCACUAUAAUUUCCCAAACGGAAUUCAACAGGAGGGGCAUCCAAAUCCUGGGAUGAAGUUUCGAGGAGCGAGACGAAGGGCCUAUCUACCUAACAACAGCGAGGGAAAACGGGUGCUGAGAUUGUUGAGAAGGGCCUUCGACCAACGUCUGACCUUCACAGUGGGCACCUCGAUGACGUCAGGUAGAGAUAACGUAGUCACGUGGAAUGACAUUCACCAUAAAACAUCCAUGCAUCUGGGACCGGAAAGGUUUGGCUACCCUGACCCCACUUACCUGUCACGUGUAAGGGAAGAGCUGAGAGCCAAAGGUAUCGUGGAAUCAGACACAGACUUAUAAACCGGUGUGAAUACUGUGCAGAUCUCAGAGUUAAACUCAAACCUGUGUGAAUACAGUGCUGAUCCUGCAGUAAACUCAAAGGAGUGUGAAUACAGAUCAGAUACCGCAGCAAACUGAAACCAUUGUGAAUACAGUGCUGAUCCCACAGUAAACUCAAACCUGUGUGAAUACAGUGCUGAUCCCACAGUAAACUCAAAGCAGUGUGAACACAGUGAUGAUCCCACAGUAAACUCAAACCAAAGUGAAUACUGUUCAUAUAUAGGAACAUUACACACAUGAUGUGUAAAUUUCUUCAUGUAUAGUAGUACAAAAUCGUUAAAUUAUUUUGCAUUAUUUCAAAAUGAUAAAUUUCAGACAAUAAUGUGCGCUCAGCAUUAAGAGGAUAGUGCAACGACUGUUUGACUGGUAUCAGUAUAAUGGUUCGGGUGGGGCUGUUUACUUGCCUUCGGUAAGUCGUCUCAGUGAAGCAGCACUAUAUCAAAGAGCAGUCACUCACUCAUUCUUAGAGACAAUUGUGCAAAGUUUUGGAAAUAUUUUGCUUUCAGAAUCGUAGUAUUCAUCUCACACUGAUUACAAUCCAUUAAAUUGAAACUUAAAACAUUGUUUCGCGAAGAGGAAGGUACAGAUAAAAUUCAAGUUGAAGUUUUUGACCUUUCGACAAAAUUAUGGUCGUAUAAUUUCUUCUGCUAUAAACAAUGACAAGUAUUCUUCUGACAGUUCAAACUGCUAGCAUACAACUAUUACGAAAAACAUUAACCAUGUGAUGCAUUUACCCUUAGUUGAAACAUUUCUGAUGUUUGUACAAUUCAGCCCUAAUUUAAAAUAAAGAACUAUAUUUUUUUAACACGUACGCUGGGCGUUGGGAUAUUUUUUCGAUUAAUUUUGUAUCACUAAAACUCAAACCGAUAUUAGAACCUAAGACUUAAGAACUGACAUUACUCCGAUUUCCUUGCUUGGCGCUUGUCAUAGAUAUACGAGCCAAGUAAUGGUGGUCACCGUUCUGUUACUAUAGGGUGAGUGUGUGGUGUCAUAUCCAAAGUGUUUCCGUGAGGCAGCUACAAAAUCUGCUACAAAAAGACGGCGUAGUGCUAUGAACAAAAUUAUGCUCAAAGCGAGGUGCAUAAGAUAUAAGCAAAGUAACAUGCGUGUCGAAAACGUUUUGUGGCUGUAAAUACCCAACCCACUGCCACUUACAUGUAUGUUCCUAAAUCCAAUGUGUGUGCUUGUACAUGUGUAACUCGAACAAUAUUGUGCUAAUCGACGACAGUCGCGGUUUUCGUCAAGGAAACUGGAGAGCACGGGGAAACCACGGCACUUCCUGAUUUAAAGCCACAGCAGCAGCAUCUGAACAGCUGGAUUUGAAGGACUUAUUAGUCAUGUGUUUGACUGUCGUGUUUUUGUUCUGAAAUAUGUUUAUUCACCAGGACAUACAAUGAGUACAGUAUCGUUUACAUGUUAAACAAAAAGGAAUCUCUUUCACCAUCUGAG